AUGAGUUGCAAGCUAGAAAAGCGUUUCAACCAAAAGGAGUGGGUUGAGCUGAAAAGAGGCGGCUUUAAUGCUUUGAACAAGAGUUACUCGUUCGUGUGGAAUGGGAAUAUGUAUGUCAUUACGCGGAUGAAGGGAUCAGAAGUUGUUGGGGGAUCGAGACUUUUGAGGCAUUAUAAGGUUGUUGAGAAGGAUGGGGGCGAGGUUGUUGCUACUUAUGUUUCUGGGAAGGCUGGUGGAGCGAGGAAGGGGACUAUUACGGUGCAGAGGGGGUUGGAUGCGAAUUUGAGACUUGUUGUUGUUACUGCGCUUGCGGAGUGGAGGGAGAUGGCUAGGAGACAGCAGCGGAUUGCUGGUGGUGUUGUUGUUGCUUAG